GGGAGGGAAGAUGGCGGCCGUGGCGGCGGGCGGCCUGGUGGGGAAGGGGCGCGACAUCAGCCUGGCGGCCUUGCAGCGCCACGACCCCUAUAUCAACCGCAUCGUGGACGUGGCCAGCCAGGUGGCUCUGUACACUUUCGGCCGUCGGGCCAACGAGUGGGAAAAGACUGAUGUGGAAGGAACCUUAUUUGUUUACACAAGGUCUGCUUCUCCAAAGCAUGGGUUCACCAUUAUGAAUAGGUUGAGCAUGGAAAACAGGACAGAACCCAUUACUAAAGACCUGGAUUUCCAGCUCCAGGAUCCUUUCCUUCUCUACAGAAAUGCCAGAUUGUCCAUAUACGGGAUUUGGUUUUACGAUAAGGAAGAAUGCCAAAGAAUUGCAGAGCUUAUGAAAAACCUAACUCAAUAUGAACAGUUGAAAGCCCAUCAGGGAGGUGGAGCAGGAAACUCCCCAAUGAUCCUCAAUUCAGGAGAGGGCAAGGAAGUAGAUAUCUUACGAAUGCUCACCAAGGCCAAAGAUGAAUACACCAAGUGUAAAACCUGUUCUGAGCCAAAACAGAUAACCAGUUCAUCUGCCAUCUAUGACAACCCCAAUCUCAUCAAACCAAUUCCAGUGAAGCCCAGUGAAAACCAGCAACAGCGCAUACCUCGGCCCAGCCAGACCUUAGACCCCGAACCCCAACACUUGUCCUUGACAGCUCUCUUUGGGAAGCAGGACAAAUCUACAUAUCAGGAAACUGUGGGGUCCCCACAGACCAUCCACCAGCAACAGCACCAGGAGCCACUUCCAAUAAGGCAGGGGGUCGUACGCUCCCUCUCCUAUGAGGAACCCAGAAGACACUCGCCCCCCAUCGAGAAGCAGCUCUGUCCAGCCAUUCAGAAACUCAUGGUCCGGAGCGCAGACCUCCACCCCUUGUCAGAGCUGCCUGAAAACCGGCCCUGCAGAAACAGCAGUACCCAUUCUGCUGGGGAAGUUUUUCUGGGACCUGUGCAGCCAGGGUCUCCCCAUAGCUUUGGGACUUCUCAGCAUGUACAGAGUGCUUCCAGAACUCAGAGCCUGCUGGAGAAGCUUCAGAGUGCCCCGAGGCCAGCAAAUAAGUAUGACCCUAGCACACCAGCACCUGCCAGCUCAGCGGCCCCAAACCUCAGCACCGCUCUCCCCACGGGCACCCCUGGUGCCCCAGUAAAGGGGCUGGCUCAGGCACAAGUGGGGUAUUUCAAUGGCUCCCUUCCAGCUCAGCCACUAGGACCUCAGGCUCGCGGCAAAGAGCAGUCCACACACCCGAGACCCACGCUCCCCCUCUCUGGCAGUCAGACUAGCAGUUCUGGAGUGAUCUCCCCUCAGGAGUUACUGAGGAAGCUUCAGAUUGUACAGCAGGAACAGCAGCUGCACGCGUCUAACCGACCAGCCUUGGCAGCCAAGUUCCCCGCGGUAACUCAGAGCUCCGGGACGGGGAAAGUGCUGGAGUCCUGGAUGCACAACACAGCUGGCGCAGAAAAGCAGACUCCUCUUUUUCAGGGCACCUCGCCUCCGCGCGUCCCUGCCACAUGGGCUCCUUCUCUGCUCAUGUCCCCCAUGGUGUUCACCCAACCCACCUGUGCCCCACCGAAGGAGAGGGAUGCUGGGCUCUUGCCCCUGGGAAGCCAAGAACCAGCUGCCACUUCCGCCGGCCUCCUCCUGCCUCUGCGGACCCCGGAGCCCCCUGUGAUCACCAGCAGCCCACUUACCAAGCUACAACUUCAGGAAGCACUGCUGUACCUCAUUCAGAACGAUGACAACUUCUUAAAUAUCAUCUAUGAAGCUUAUCUCUUCAGCAUGACACAAGCAGCCAUGAAAAAGACGAUGUAAAGCAAAACAUUUUAAGACUGAUUUUCAAGGUCCUGUGGCUCAAGGCUCUUUCACGUCAAUGGCGUUACCCUAAAUGUUUCUGCCUUUUAAAAAAAAAAAAAAGUAUAUAUAAUAUGAAGUAAAAUGUUUCAG